GCGGGCCUUGCGCGCGGCAAGAUGGCGGCGCCCAGGCGGUGGCGGUCCUGAGGUGGUGCGGGUGGCCAUGGCUCUGGCGUCGGGGCCCGCCCGGAGGGCUCUGGCCCGGCCGGGGCGGGUGGGCCUCGGGGGCUCGGCGGUGCCGAGCCGCGGCGCGUACGAGUGGGGCGUGCGCUCCACGCGGAAGCCGCCGCCGGCGCCCUUGGAGCGCGUGUACGAGAUCCCGGGGCUGGAGCCCGUGACGUACGCGGGGCGGCUGCACUUCGUGCCCGGGCUGGCGCGGCCGCGCUUCCCGCGCUGGGAGCCGGUCGGGGCGGCCCCGCGCUUCCGCCGCCCGCCGCCGGCGCACGAGCACCCGCUGCACCGCGAGCGCCCGUGCCACGUCUUCCACCAGCGCUGCCGCCUGCUGGAGGGUGUCAAGCAGGCCCUGUGGCUGACCAAAGCCAAGCUGAUCGAGGGCCUUCCCGAGAAAGUGCUGGGCCUGGCGCGAGACCCCAGGAACCACCUCGAGGACCAGGACGCGCGUGUCCUCAACGCCAUCGCCCACGCGCGCCUCUGGCACUCCACCGAGGACACGCCCAAGAGGAAGACCUACUGCCCCGUCCUCGUGGACAGUCUCACCCAGCUGUGCAAGUCGCAGAUUCCCAGGCACCCUGCCCUGGCCCGCCGCGCCUUCGCACACGGCUCCUCGCUCUCCGCCACCUGGGAUCGAGAGUCCAUUCUCCUCCAGGUCCACGGGACGAGCGGCGCCCGACUGUAUGCCAAGGACCCCCUGCCCCCCAUCGCCUCCAGGGAGGAGGUCGAAGCUACCAAGAAUCAUGUUCUCGAGACCUUCUACCCCAUCUCCCCCACCAUCGGCCUUCAGGAGUGCAACCUCUACGAUGUGGCGGAUGACGCAGGGUUCCGGGAGGGUUAUCCUUACCCCCACCCGCACACGCUGUACUUCCUGGAGAACGCCAACGUCCGGCCUCGGCGCUUCCAGCCAGACCAGCUGCGGGCCAAGAUGAUCCUGUUUGCCUUUGGCAGCGCCCUGGUGCAGGCUCGGCUCCGCUACGGGCCCGAGGCCAGGGUUCUGGAGCAGCCGGUGGUGGUGCAGAGCGUGGGCACCGACGGGCGCGUCUUCCAGUUCCUGGUCUUGCAGCUGAACACGACGGAUCUGGCCUCCGAGGAGGGCGUCAAGAAUCUGGUGUGGCUGGACUCGGACCAGCUCCUCUACAAGCACUUCUGGUGUCGCCCGGUGAUCCGGAAGAAGGUGGUUGUGGAACCCGUUGGGCCGGUUGAUUUCCAGCCAGAGACCUUCAGGAAGUUUCUAGCCCUGUAUCUGCAUGGCGCUGUGAGCCCCGACGUCACCCCCUGAGGAGCCGCGUCCUGGGCCUGGUGGGGUCUCUGACAGUAGAGCAAUAAAGGGCCCUGCAGCUGGUGGUUGGUGUGAGGGUGCCGUGGGGAGGGGCCCCUGGAGUAUCACACACACACACACACACACAAACAAACACACACACACACACACACACACCCUGCCCCUGCCCCUGGAGUAUCACCACACACACACACACACAAACAAACACACACACACACACCCUGCCCCUGGCGUAUCGCCACACGCACACUGGGCUAGUCCCUGCGCCGUGCCAGCCCCUGGGAACGCCGGCCGUGUGCCGGCACUGCCGCGGGCCACACCACGUGCGCGGCGCCUGCAGGAAGCAGCAGAGCAGCGCGAGCUUGGGAAAGGCCACGGGGGCAGCGCUGGGCCGCGGAGACCGGGCUUGGCUCCCGCCGGGCCUCCGCAGGCCCCUGGCCGUCCGUGGCCGAGCACCAGCAGGAGCUGCCCGAGCCCUGGCUGCUCCCGUCACCAGGCUCGCUGGGGGCCCUGCGUGGUGGUGGCAGCGUAGCUCCAGGUGGGCGCGCGGGCCUGGCAUGCCAGGGGCCUGGGCUCACAGGUGCGGCCCGAGGCCCCAGGCAGGUCCUGUGAGAACAGGCGCCUUCUGUCGGCCUCACGGGGCAGCGGCCCGGCUGCCUGGCGGGGGGCACGACCUGCCCGUCUGCUGGUGCCGCGUCCUUGCUCGGUGGCCAGCGGGUGAGCCCGCCAGCUCAGCAUCGGUAACCUCCCCGUGGAACUGCUGAGUCAGAGACUUGGAGCGCUCGAGGGGAGGGGUUGGAGGUCGCGCAGGACACAAGGCAGAGGGGGGCUCCGAGGGCCCCUGGAGGCAGGAGUGGCGGUGACGGCUGCUGGUCCUGGCGGGGGCGUCUCUGGCCUGCCAGGCCACAGGGUGCCGACUGGGCUGGCUGACCGGUAACCGGGUCCUCCGAGUCCUCUGGCUCUCAGACCUCCAGGAUGCAGCCUGCGGCCGGUUCUCUGAACGUCUCGUCAAACUGCUGCUGUCAAAGCCUUCAACGGCUCCCACUGCCACGGAGGUGAGAAAACCGAACCUGACCCCGAGAGCCAGUCAGGGCGGCUGUGUUUGCCCGGUCCCAGCCCCCCACUCCCUGCAAAGGAGAGCGUCCCCCAGGACUGGGGAAACGAUACAUCUGCUCCCACAGUCACUGCAACUCUGCAGAGAUGCAGAAUGGGGGUUCCCGGGGGGGGUCACACCGCACCCCACCGCAGGGAAGUGCCGGGGGUCCCCCACUCAGCCCCACAGCCACCAGGCACCUGGUGGUCAGCACCGGGCACUACCCACCCGUGUUCCCCUCAAACAUGGCAGGAAGGGCUGCGGAAAAAAGAUGUCCCUUUAAUAAAACGUUAUUAACAUAUAUCGUACACAAACUACAAUGUCUCAUAAUUACUUUUUUUUUUCCUCUCUUACUUCAGAACCAGACUACAAGGUAAGAAAAACACAGAAACAGCUACGAUGUUCCCAAUAAUCCGCACGAGGUCUUUUUUUCAGGCAGAUGGUAUGUCACAUAAUAUGAUAUACAUGGAUCAGAAAGGGGGGAACGAAGACCAGCUACCGGGGAGGGGGGCGGGGUCAAUGUACAAAGAAUUGGGGUGUCUUCAGGGCAAGACACACAGAUUCCCACCGGGGCGUGGUGAGGUGAGGGGGGCCGGGGGGGCAGGCUCCACUGUGGCGAGGCGGUUUUGGAAAAUAAAAACAGGAGCGGAAACAGCGUGUCCGUCUGGUUGGUGGGCCCAGCGCCCACCCCCCACAGCGAGGCCCGGCUCUUCCCGCCAGUCCCCAGCGCGUACAGAGCAGUCCUGGUCCGUAGCCCAUCCUCGAGAGAGAAGGAAGGAGAAAGAAAAAAACAGACAGACGGAGAAAGCCCCAACUCCGGCGGCUUCCAGGGCGCAGGUCUGGCCUCCCUGCAGCCGGCGGGGUCCUCGCGGGGGUGCUGGGGCCACAGUCUCCGCCUGGAGGGAUCCGGAGAGCGCGCAGGUGGUCCGGCAUCUCAGGCCACGGCAUGGGGAUGUAGUUUGUCACGGGUCCACAGGGUCCAGCUGCGAGCACCCCCGGCCGGGGGGAACCGGGCAAAGCCAGAGCGGGCGACUGCCCGUCCCUGCGCCCGGCCACCUCGGGGGCCGUCCGGGAGCAGCGCGCCCUUCUUCCUUCCCAGAGGCCCCCAGACCCCUGCUGGUCCUCAGUCUGCGGUCCUGGCGGCUGGGCGGGCAGCAGGCAGCCUGGUGUCCGUCUGGGCUGGGCUGGGCUGGGGUUUGGUAUUUUUUUUUUUGUCCUUUUCCUUCUUUAUUUUUUUGUUGUUUUUUGUUUUUGUUUUUUUUUU